CUCGUGAAGAUCGGCGCUGGCGCGGCCGAGGCCGCAUCUGCGUGCGGGCCAUGGAGCACCGCAUUGUGGGGCCAGGGCCGUACCGGGCCACCAGACUGUGGAAUGAAACCGUGGAGCUGUUCCGCACCAGGAUGCCGGUCCGGAAGCAUCGCUGUCGCUUCAAGAGCUAUGAGCGUUGCUUCACAGCAGCCGAAGCUGUGGACUGGCUCCACGAGUUGCUGAGGUGCAGUCAGAACUUUGGCCCGGAAGUGACUCGGAAACAAACGGUGCAGCUGCUCAAAAAAUUUCUGAAGAAUCACGUCAUUGAAGACAUCAAGGGGAGAUGGGGCCAGGAAGACUUUGAAGACAAUCGGCACCUCUACAGGUUUCCUCCUUCCUCACCUCUGAAGCCAUAUCCAAAAAAGCCCUCAUCCCAAAAGGAUGUUAUUAAGUUCCCAGCGUGGAAUGAUCCCCCACCGGGCACUUCGCAGGAGAACAUCCCAGUGAGGCCGAUUGUGAUGAAUUCUGAGAUGUGGUACAAACGUCACAGCAUUGCUAUUGGAGAGGUGCCAGCUUGCCGACUCGUCCACCGCAGACAGCUGACUGAGGCCAAUGUGGAAGAGAUUUGGAAGUCUAUGACAUUAUCAUAUUUACAGAAAAUCCUUGGUCUGGAUUCUUUAGAAGAAGUUUUAGACAUCAAGCUUGUCAACGCUAAGUUCAUCAUCCAUAACGUGUACAGUGUCAGCAAGCAGGGAGUUGUUGUCCUCGAUGACAAGUCAAAAGAACUUCCUCACUGGGUACUGUCAGCUAUGAAGUGUUUGGCAAAUUGGCCCAACUGUUCCGAUUUGAAGCAGCCCAUGUACUUGGGUUUUGAAAAGGAUGUAUUUAAAACUAUAGCGGAUUACUACGGUCACUUGAAAGAGCCUUUGCUCACAUUUCAUCUGUUUGAUGCGUUUGUCAGCGUAUUAGGCUUGCUGCAGAGAGAGCAGCUGGCAGUUGAAGCGUUUCAGAUUUGCUGCCUCCUUCUGCCUCCUGAGAACAGGAGGAAGUUACAGCUGUUGAUGAGGAUGAUGGCCAGGAUCUGUCUCAACAAAGAGAUGCCACCCCUGUGUGACGGCUUUGGCACAAGAACGCUGAUGGUCCAGACAUUUUCCCGUUGCAUCUUGUGUUCCAAGGACGAAGUGGACCUGGAUGAGUUACUAGCCGCUAGGUUGGUAACUUUUCUAAUGGACAAUUACCAGGAGAUUCUGAAAGUCCCCUUGGCUUUGCAGACCUCUAUAGAGGAGCGUGUGGCUCAUCUACGAAGAGUGCAGAUAAAAUACCCAGGAGCUGAUAUGGAUAUCACUUUAUCUGCGCCAUCAUUUUGCCGUCAAAUUAGUCCAGAGGAAUUUGAAUACCAAAGGGCAUACGGCUCUCAGGAACCACUGGCAGCCUUGCUGGAGGAAGUCAUAAUGGAUGCCAAACUCUCCACCAAAGAGAAGAAGAAAAAGCUGAAGCAGUUUCAGAAAUCCUAUCCUGAAGUCUACCAAGAACGAUUUCCUACACCAGAAAGUGAAGCACUUCUGUUUCCUGAAAAAUCCAGACCCAAACCGCAGCUGCUAAUGUGGGCGCUGAAAAAGCCUUUCCAGCCGUUUCAAAGAACGAGAAGCUUCCGGAUGUGAUGCUUCUGUGGCAGCAGAGGCCCCUGACCACUGCUGUUUGGAGCGAAUGGGUGCUUUAGGGGGAGGACUGUGGUGGAGCACGAAAGGAAAAUACAGACUACUGAAGCAGAAAGAUUAUCUGACUUUUGAAAAAUUGAGCCGUUAUCAGUAUUUUUGUAAAAGUCAAUGCUGUUUUUAAAAUGUACAAAUCAAUUAAAAAAUGCGAGUCAAUAUGUAGGUGUAUAAUGAACAUGUUUGUAAUUGUUACAAAAUCUGGGUAUUUUCAUCUUUUUAUUUGUUGUUUUCCAUGGUGUUUUUAAAAGGAUUGUGUGUAUAUCCUGGUUACUUAUGUCUGUUGUCAACAAGUCUUAGACAUAGUGUAUAUUCUUGAAGAGGAAAGACACUGGGUACUGUUAUUGUGAUGCUAUCGACUUAAUAGCCAACUGUGAUUUCUCCUGUGUACCGUAUGGUUUUCAUUGUUAUACAGAAAAUUUCUGUGUCUUACAUUGUGAUGGUUCUGUUGGAUGCUAUUACAGAUUUUACUAAAAGCUGGUUCUUUUAGGAUAUAUCCAUGAGUUACUGUUUACCUGUAAGUGAAGUAGAUUUUUAUCUACCCAGGAUGGUAUAAUUUCACUCUUCACUAAAGAUGGAAGACUGAUUUGUAAAAAUUUUUUGAUCCUCAUAGUCUUGUGAUUUUAUAAGUCAAAUUUGGGUUGUUUUUGUAAAAAAAAAGAAAAAAGGAAAAAAGAGAUACAAAGGAGCUAAGUAAAAUGAAACUAUUUCUUUAUAAAUAUAGUUUUUCCAACUUCCUUAUCCCUUUGAAAGUAAAUGAAAUGGAAUGUAAAUAAAUGCAGGGGUUUUCGUGUUUGUUGCGUUUUUUGUUUUGUACCAUACUUAGUAGUUGCUUUUUGGGGUUCAUUUAGAACAGCUAGCAUUCUGUGCCAGUGUUCUUUAUCGGUCAUUUAUUUCUAUAAGAAGAUGACAGUUGAGAUUUGGGCACUUACAUUCUUAUGGAGAGGUCCUAACACUAGGGACCACGUAAGUGUGGACUUGAUGACUGAUCACAGUUUUCCAAAGUACACCAGUGUACACUUCUGGUAACAGUUCUCAGAGUCCCCUUGGCUCAACAUCCUCACCCAAACUGGCAAUUCUUAGCUUACAUUGUUUUCAGUGUGUGAUGUUAUAGUACCUGUUUACAGUUUACUUUCCAUUUCCAUGAUUAUUAAUAUGGCUGAACACUU